AUGGCCAAAGGAGCGGAGAACUCGAAGAAGGCGGCGGGGAACGCGAAGAAGGCGGAAGUAGCAGCAGGCAAGAAAGCAGCAGAGGACGCAAAGAAGGCGGCAGCAGAAUCAGCAGAGUGGUCGAAGGGUGCUAAGGACAGCAGCAAAGCAGAAGCAGCAGCGGCCAAAAAGGCGGAAGCCGAUCGCAAGAAGGCCGAAAAGGACGCACUAUUGAAAGAGGAAGAGGCAUCACUACCCAGCAAAGGCGGCAAAGGAAAAGCCACCCCCAAGAAAUCCCGCGGCCUCGACCUCUCCGGCCUGGACGGGCCCUCCUCAAAGAAAGAGCUCGCAGCACUCAACGCCACCGGCAUCGACAACGCGCUCGACGCCCUCUCCCUCACAGCCGACAACAAGGACAAGAUCGACCGACACCCCGAGCGAAGAUUCAAGGCCGCGCACGCGCAGUACGAGGAACGGAGAUUGGAAGAGAUGAAGGAUGAGAAGGGUCUGAGGCGGCAGCAGAAGAUCGAUCAGAUUCGGAAGGAGUUUGAGAAGCAUCCUGAUAAUCCUUUCAACCAGGUGGCCGGGUCGUAUAAUAUGAGCAAGGAGGAGAUCAAUGAGUUGAGGGAGAGUGAGAAGGCGAAGAAGGAGAGUUUGUUGAGUGGGAGCUGA